AUGGUCUCCGUCCCCUCUGCCGCCCAUAAUGGCAGUGGAGGUAACAGCAGCACCAAUGCGAGCUCUCGAGCUUCUCCCGCCAUCAGCACCGUCAACGCUGCGAACAAUGCCGCUCCGUCCACGAACGGUACCAAGGCCAAGACCCAGGUCAACUCGAACUCGAAUGGCUACCACCCUGCGAACCCCCAACUACCACUCAGCUCCAUGCGCAGCGCCCCGCUGGACCUCAGAUCAGUCGAGCGGAGAGGUCAACCGACCGCCAGCCGAGAAAUGGUCAAGCGAGCGAGACCACAUGGUCUUCAGGAUGCACCGACAUACCGACCGAGCGAGGAGGAGUGGAAAGAUCCCUUCGAAUACGUGCGCAAGAUUACACCCGAGGCACAGAAAUACGGCAUUUGCAAGAUCAUACCGCCCGAUACAUGGAACCCCGACUUCGCAAUAGAUACCGAGAAAUUCCACUUCAGAACCCGAAAGCAGGAACUGAACUCAGUAGAGGGCAGCACCCGAGCAAAUCUCACUUAUCUAGACGCUCUAGCCAAAUUCCACAAACAACAAGGGACAAAUCUAAAUCGACUUCCCUACGUCGACAAGAAGCCUCUUGAUCUAUUCCGCCUCAAGAAAGCUGUUGAAUCCCGUGGUGGUUUUGACAAGGUCUGCAAGACUAAGAAGUGGGCUGAGAUUGGGAGAGAUCUGGGCUAUAGCGGCAAGAUCAUGUCUUCGUUGUCGACUUCGCUUAAGAACUCGUAUGACAAAUGGCUCAACCCCUAUGAGAACUACCUGCGUCAGGCGAAACCUGGUGUCUAUCAACAGCUAGAGUUCGAGUAUGGUGGUCCGCUCACUCCCAGCCCGGCGCAUAGCCCCUUGAAGCGGUCCAGUGUCAAUACUCCGUCCAGCCUGAGAGGAGAGUCGCCCGCUCGCCAUGCGACCGACGCUCUUCAAGUGAGCAUGAGUGCCGCCAAGCUGGAGACCGACCGUGAUACUGUCAUGGCCGAUGUUCCUUCAGUCCCACCACCGCCGCCGCCGCCUACAUCGGGUGGGUUCACUCCCAUCAAUACAGGCGGCUUCACCGCGGUCAACGCCGGAUUUACCAGUGUGAAUCGCCCAAUACCUUCGGAAGCGAAAAGCUUCACACCACCGCCGAAGCGCCACGGUAGUCCCCUUUCAUCAGCAAAGAACACUCCCGACUUCCGACCGUCUGGGCUCGGGCCAGCAAACGCACUCAAGCGUCAACUCAGUUGCGACAGCCUGGAUUCCGCAAAGAAGGACAACGGCACGGAGCAGGACGAUUCGGAAAACGGUAGCAGAAGGAGCAAGAGGCUGAAGAAAGAAGCGGUCCCGACGGUUGCCGGCUCCCAUAUGUCUUUAUUCCGACCUUCAGCUCCCAGAAUGCCCCGGGAGGAGUCAAUGACGCCCGGUGAGAAAUGCGACACCUGUGGCAAAGGAGAAGAGUCCGGCUUCAUCGCCGUCUGCGAGUCAUGCGAUCACGGAUACCACGGCACCUGCCUCGAUCCUCCUGUCAAGACCAAGCCAGAUGGGGAAUGGAACUGUCCACGGUGUCUAGUUGGCGACGGGCAAUUCGGUUUCGAGGAAGGUGGUCUCUACUCCCUCAAGCAGUUCCAGGAAAAGGCUGCCGACUUCAAGCAAGGCUACUUCGAACAUCGUAUGCCUUUCGACCCCGUACUGAACUGUCCGAGACCGGUAACCGAAGACGACGUCGAGCGCGAGUUCUGGCGGCUUGUCGGCAGUAUUGAGGAAACCGUCGAGGUUGAGUACGGCGCCGACAUCCAUUGCACCACCCAUGGCUCUGGCUUCCCAUCAGCAGAACGAGAUCCAUGUAACCCUUACUCGACGGACCUCUGGAAUCUGAAUGUCAUGCCUCUGCACCCCGACAGUCUCUUCCGACAUAUCAAGACAGAUAUAUCUGGUAUGACCGUCCCGUGGGUGUAUGUUGGAAUGAUAUUCUCAACCUUCUGUUGGCACAACGAGGACCAUUUCGCCUACUCGGUCAACUAUCAACAUUUUGGAGCAACCAAAACCUGGUACGGGAUACCUGCAGAGGACACUGAAAAAUUCGAGAAUGCCAUGAAGGAGGCCGUGCCGGAGCUGUUUGAGACACAGCCUGAUCUACUUUUUCAGCUUGUCACACUUCUCACGCCUGAUCAGCUGAAGAAGGCGGGCGUGAGGGUCUAUGCCUUGGAUCAGCGUGCAGGCCAAAUGGUCAUCACGUUCCCCCAGGCUUACCACGCAGGAUUCAACCACGGCUUCAACUUCAACGAGGCUGUCAACUUCGCGCCAUUCGAAUGGGAGCCUUACGGUCUUGCUGGUGUUGAUCGAAUGCAGCAGUUCCGGCGGCAGCCUUGUUUCUCUCAUGACGAGCUGUUGUGGACAGCAGCCGAAGGAACCACAAGCGGACUGACCAUACAGACCGCGAAAUGGCUUGCGCCAGCACUCGAAAGAAUUCACAAGCGCGAGCAAGAUCAGCGGGAAGCAUUCAUUGCGAAGCACCUAGAGGAUAACAGCCAUGCGUGCGCACUGACUGCAGAGUCUCCGGAACCUCCAUGUUCUAUCUCUUUCGAGAUCCUCGACGAAGAUGUACCGGAGGAGGAGUACCAAUGCGCUUUUUGCAAAUCUUUUGCUUAUCUGUCCCGAUUCAAGUGCCUUCAGUCUGGUAAAGUGCUGUGUCUCCAACACGCCGGCAACCACCCAUGUUGCGAACUCCCCGAGCCUCGACGAUAUGCCGGCGACAAGCACGUCAUGAUAUAUCGUAAGACGAAGGAGGACAUCGAAGAGACGUACCGAAAGGUUGCGGACAAGGCACACCUACCUGAGGCGUGGGAGGAAAAGUACGAGAAAUUGCUCGAUGAGGGGGCGGAGCCAGCGCUGAAGACGCUGCGAAAUCUUCUCCAUGAGGGUGAACGAAUACCGUACGACCUCCCCUCCCUACCAGCUCUCAGGGAAUUUGUUGAACGCUGCAACGAAUGGGUCGAAGAGGCGACUAAUUAUACGGUGCGAAAACAGCAGAACCGCCGGAAGAACGACAAGGUCUGGCAGAGCGGGCUACGAAAAUCCGUCGGCAACUCAUUCCAGGAGCAGAGGGACCGAGAGCUGCGCCGAGUCGAUAACAUCUACCGCCUAAUCGACGACGCCGAGCGCAUAGGAUUCGAUUGUCCCGAGAUACAGCACCUGCAGGAGCGCGCAAAUUCCAUCAGGAGCUUUCAGAAGAAUGCCGAACAAGCCUUGGAACACAUCCUUGGCUACAGCAUGGAGUCCGUGGAAGAGCUGAUAGAGGAAGGUCGUACAUUCAACGUCGAUAUGCCGGAACUCGACAAACUUUCCGAGGUUCUUGAGCAGCUCCGAUGGAGCAGCAAGGCCAGAGCAAGCCGCUCAAAAUUCAUGACCCUGGGAGAGGUGCGCGAGCUUCUGGAAGAAGGCAACCGCCUCGAGAUACCGCUAUACAAUGAUCACAUGAAGUGGUAUAACGACAAAUACCAAGGUGGUGUACAGUGGGAAGCCAAAGCCAAGGAACUCAUCAACGCCGAGACCAUCCACUACCCACAACUAGAAGCGCUCUCAAACCAGGUGCAACACAAUGCGCUUCCCGUGUCGGCGGAUACCCUGGCCUCCGUUGACCAGAUCCUGCACAAACAACGAGAGGCUCAUCGACAGAUUAUUGAUCUUACCGAACGCUCACGCGAGCCAGACUAUACCAAACGUCCAAAGUACAACGAGGUGGCGGAGAUCAUGCGAAAGCUUGAUGAUUUGAACUCCAAGCCCGCCGGGACACUGGACCUCGAAAAGGAACAAAAACGUCACGAAGACUGGAUGCGAAAGGGCAAAAAGCUCUUUGGCAAGACCAAUGCACCACUGCACAUCCUCAAGAACCACAUGGACUACGUCUACGAACACAACUUCGACUGCUUCGAUAUUACUAGUGAUAAGCCUCGAAUGCCAGCCGAGCCUUCUUCUAGAGCGGCCAGUGAAGAGAGAGAGACCAAAGUGGCGCGGACUUGGGACGACCCCCAGUUCCGGGAAGUGUUCUGCAUAUGUCGGCGUGUCGAAGCUGGCAUGAUGAUUGAAUGCGAGCUAUGCCAUGAAUGGUACCAUGGCAAGUGUCUGAAAAUUGCUCGAGGAAAGGUCAAGGAAGAUGACAAGUACACCUGUCCCAUUUGCGAUUGGCGCGUCAAGAUACCUCGCGACGCUGCUCGACCGAAGCUUGAGGACCUCAUCCAGUGGCAGGAAGAGAUCCCCGGUCUGCCUUUCCAGCCAGAGGAAGAGGGUGUGCUUCGGAAGAUCAUCGACAAUGCACUGGACUUCAGAGCCCAUAUAUCGGCCUACUGCAACCCAGUGCUGGCCACUGCAUCGGAGGCUGAUACCCAGCGAUUUUUCUUGAGAAAGAUCGAGGGUGCCGAAAUCCUGCUGUCCUUUGAGACAAAUUUCUUCCGGCAAGAGCUUCACAAGUGGAGUCCCGUUGCGCCGGAGCCGCCGCCUGUUCUCGAUGUGUCCAAAAGUACGCGAAAGCCGCGUCCCACGAAGCUGCAAAAGAUGUUGCAGCAGUAUGGCGUCGAGGACGCUGAUGAUCUCCCGGAGAAUGUUAAAGGCAAAGCCAAUAGUCUCAAGCGCAAGGCUCUGAAUGCCGAAGCCGCUGCCGCCGCCGCCUCCGCUGCCGCAGCAGCAUCCUCGUCGACUGCUGCCCUCGCUCCUCCGAACUCAGCAAGUCCUUCUACUCAUUCAUUUGCCUCGGGCACGCAUCCAUUCUUCUCACGUAACUCACAACCACCCACCCCAGCACUUGCAAGUACCACGCACGCCCACCCGCCUCCAGGUCCAGAUUCAGCCUCUUCUAGUAGGCCCGGUUCUUCCUUGCGACCGGACUCGAUGGAUGUCGCCAGUGGUACGAAUCUGCACCCAGACUUUUUCUUGUCGACCGGCAACAAUGGCCCAGGUCCCCGGCUUAUGGCCCCUGACCCGGCCAUGUCGCUAGAAGACCGCCUGCUCCGUGGGCAGGACGAUGGUCUCAACCUUAGCCUGACUUCUGACAAGGAUAAGGCGCUUGAGAUACUGAGCAAGAGUGAGACUGGACGUCAACGUGCCGAGGAAAUCUUUGGACCUGAUGUGUGGGGUUCCAGACGUGGUGAUACGUUUGGUAGCGGAUCCAACAUUGGACCCAACCAGCCGGAUGACGACAAUAAAGAUGUCGACCGAAUGUUUCUCGACCUCACCAAUGCCGACGACGAAGAGGAAGCCAAGAAAAGGCAACGAGAACUCGAGCGCGAGCGGGUUGGGAUCACGGCUGAGAGCUUCGAAGCCGAGCGUAAUGCGAUGGACAUGGAGGACUCGGAAUGA